UGACCGUAGGGCGCCGAUUCUUCGACUGUGUCUGGACCUGAGGCCUCAGCCAAGAGUUGGCGCCACAGAGCCACUUUCCGUCGCAUGCUGUCGUGGUCAACAAGGAGAAUCGACGCGCGGCAAGCGUUUCUGUGUCUGUGCGGAGUUGGUGUCGUCACCGGCCAAAUCGAGCGCCCAGUCGAUCUCACCGCUUGACAUCACAGGGCUUCAAUUCGGCGUCCCUUUGCCUCGUGUCUGACCGCUCUCCGCACCUGGCCCUUCAUUUCACUUCUCGAUCACCACACAUUUGCAGUGAAGUUGACAAACAAAGGCCUCGACAGACAUCUCAGCACACCAACGACGGACGAAUUCAAGCCUGCAUCGUCACGCUUCAUCGCUAUCAACAACGGCGCACCGGUCAGUCGUCGAAUCCGCGCCCUCGCUGCGCCCACUACCAUCCUGACAGACCAUGUCUGGGCGUCAAAGCCAGCCAUGGUCGCAGCAGCCUCCCAACGGGGCCGGAGGGAGCACAUCCACUCACAAUAACACCUGGCAAGCGGGCAACGGCGCUUGGACGAGCAGCGGCCCCCCUCGUCAGCCUCAGCAGCCUCAGCAGCAGCAGCAGCAGCCGCAGGCGAAUCAAUUUGCGCCCAAUCCAGUGCAGCAACAGAGACCGCCGCAGCCGAUGUAUGCCCCUCAACACCAGCAGCCAAGGGACCCCGUCGCCACUGGCUUCCCUCAGCAGGGUUUCGGAGCAUCGCAGCACGAGAGACAGCUUUCAGGCCAUCAGCAGCCAGUGCCACAACAGCAGCAGCAGCUCAACAAUCAAUUCGCUCCACCUCCUGCUUUUGCCCCCGGUACCUUUCGCGAGUGGCAUGGCCAUGCGCCACCCUCGGUCCUCACACCUACGUAUGAGCAGCCACAAUUCAGCUUCCCACCAGGCAUGCAGGGGCAAUUCACGUCGCAGCAUCCCAAUCAAAUGAGGGGCGGACAUUCUCAGAACGACGGCUACUCGGGAAUGAAGGGGGAGGAUGAUGACAAGGGUGCAGGUGGGGGGCCCGGUGGGCAGAAGCAAGGCACCAGCGACUUUGUCAAGAAGCUCUUCACCAUGCUCGAUGAUCUCUCGUACUCAUCCAUCGUCUCUUGGUCUCACACGGGCGACUCGUUCGUCGUACGCAACAUGAACGACUUCACCAAGCACAUUCUGCCGCGACACUUUCGUCAUUCCAACUUCGCCAGCUUCGUCCGUCAACUGAACAAAUAUGAUUUUCACAAGGUCAAGAACCCUGAAGAGCAGGCGACUCAAUCCGUUGACCAAGUCUGGGAGUUCAAGCAUCCAGACUUCAUCCGAGGUCGUGAGGACUUGCUCGAGAACGUGCGUAGGAAGCUGCCUUCGGGUAAGAAGAAGGGCGGCGCUGGUGGCGGCGGAGACGAUCGCGACCUCAGCCCCACAAUGCUCAACCCUGCAGAGGCGGCCGAGAGAGGUGCAGAAGAAUAUCAGCAGCUCAAGGAUCAAAUAGCGACGCUCACUGCGGCUCAGGACCAGAUGAGCGGUCACAUCUCCAACUUGACCAAGCAGUACCAAGGCGUCAUAGGCGAGAUGCUGACCUUCCAGCGCAACAUGGUCCAACAAGAUCAGUUGAUGCAAAAUCUCAUCCAGUAUCUCAUGAACCUCGAGAACGAUCGCAAGGUCGAGGCCUCGAGCGUCGCCUCCGGAGCCCUCGCAGACGGCCCCUUUGUCCCAGCUCAAGAGGCACAGAAGCUCAUUGGCAACUAUCAGGAUGUUGCAGAAGCCACCUUUGGACAGAUGAGCCAAAUUUCACAGCGUGUGGCGCAGUCAUCGAAUGACGAGGCGACAAGAGGAAAUGAUUCGUAUUCAAAGGGUGGCAACGGCGGCGGUCAUGACUCGUACAGCACACCAAGCGGCCAAUCGACAGUUGCAUCACCGACAUCGCAAGCAUCGAGGGUCUCGCGCCAUUCGUCCAUUCGCCAAUCGAUGGCGGGCAACCUCUCGCCAAAGAGCAUGGCCACGGUCCCUUCGCCGGCCACUGUUCCGUCACAAAGCGCCUUGACACCCGCCGUGUCUGAGCGACCACAGGGCAUCCUGCGCAACAAUUCAGACGGCAAGAGCGAUGAGAUGAGCAUGUUCCUGCACCCACCACACCUCGACGAUGACGAGAGCAACACGCUCUUUAACACGGCCGCCAACAUUGUCGACAAUCCGAGUCUCGCCGGCUUCGAGGGAGCUGGACUGCGCGUGUUCACUGUUGGCACACUGCAGCCUCGCGAGGGCAGUAGCGCCGAUGGGGCGGGUGGCUCCUCUCUUAAUGCAGCUCUCGGGCGUGCGACGUCAGAGGGUAAUGGCGAGAAGCAAGACUACGGCAUCUCCGUUCCCCCGCUCGAGGACCUACCCGCCGACAUGCCCAAGGUCGACCAGCGCACGACUUCGACGACCACCACACCAGCGCCAGACGACGAUGGCGACGAAGAUGCAGAUGGGCGUCGCCGCUCUCUCACGCCCAGCGAUCCAGGCUCAAACAUGCUCCGCGUGCGUCGCUCAACAUACGUCCCUGGAUGGGCAGUCCCACCUCGCGUACUCCUGGUAGAUGACGAUGCCGUCUGUCGCAAGCUCUCUUCCAAGUUUCUUCAAGUCUUUGGCUGCGCGAUCGACGUUGCAGUGGAUGGAGUCAAUGCGGUUAACAAGAUGACCAUGUCUGACUAUGACCUCGUGCUUUGCGACAUCGUGAUGCCCAAUCUCGAUGGUGUGACGGCUACGUCCCUCAUUCGACAAUUCGACCCACGUACUCCCAUCAUCUCCAUGACCUCGAACACCUCCCCUGACGACCUUCUCACCUACAUGUCCUCGGGCAUGAACGAUGUCCUGCCUAAGCCUUUCACGAAGGAGGGGCUACUCAAUAUGCUCGAGAAGCACUUGAUUCACCUGAAGACGGUGCAGAAGAUGGACCAGAUCCCCAAGCAGCUCGGUCUCCCGCCGGUGAGCAAGGAGACGCUCGAGGGCGUACUCCAAGCCACCGCGGCAUCAGCCGCUGCGCUCGGUACUUCAGGAGCAUCGGGCUCUGGCAGCGGCAGCGGCGCAGGCAAGGGCAACGGCAACGGCGAGAGCAGCGGCUGGCCCUCUUCUUCUUCUCCUGGAUCAGGCAAAGCACUGCCAGCCGCAGCCAUGAUGGGCAAUGGCCCCAAUGAUAACCCCAACGUCGUCAACCCGCUUGCUGCUAUGGGCUUCUCGGACGAAGAGUACAUCAGCAUGAUACAGUCGCUGCUUGCUGCGGGAACUGUU